AUACUACUGUAUCGUACUGUGCUACUGUGUUUCUUGAUAUUUAUUUUUUUUACCUUUCUUUUGAUUUAAUACAUUUUCACAAUUUUCUGUUCCACUGUGUGUAAAUCGACGUGAAGAGGAGAGAAUAGUCUACUCCAGGGAGAAUCAAAAAUGAAGCCAAUCUCCAACAACGACGAAACAUGGGAGGCGAAGCUGGAGGAUUUAACGUUAAACGUGAAGGAGACACAAGACAAUGUGCUGGAGGUGAUAAUCACACCUAACCUAGAAACAGAGUACCUCCAGCGUUUUAUGGAUAGGUUUGAUAAAGAGCUCUUCAAGAAGAACGUACCGGUCGUGACCUAUGAAGAUAUUAAGCCUUAUAUCGAUCGUGUCGUUAACGGGGAGUCAUCAGAUGUCAUAUCAGCCCGCCCUAUUACCGGUUUCUUGCUAAGUUCGGGAACUUCGGGAGGAGCACAAAAGAUGAUGCCAUGGAACCACAAGUACUUGGACAAUUUAACAUUCGCAUACGAUCUUCGUAUGCAUAUCAUAACCAAGCAUGUGAAAGGCUUGGAACAAGGAAAAGGGAUGAUGUUUCUCUUCACUAAACAAGAAGCCCCGACUCCUUCUGGCUUACCCGCUCGAGUCGCAACCAGCAGCUACUUCAAGAGCGACUAUUUCAAGAACCGUCCAUCUAACUGGUACUACUCCUACACAAGCCCUGACGAAGUCAUCUUAUGUUCUAACAACACACAAAGUCUCUACUGCCAUCUGCUAUGCGGCUUGCUCCAACGCGACGAGGUUGUGAGAAUGGGUUCCAUCUUCGCCUCGGUCAUGGUCCGAGCAAUCAAGUUCCUCGAAACUUACUGGGAAGAGUUGUGUUCAAACAUCCGAACAGGCCGUCUCAGCGAGUGGAUCACCGACCACGGUUGUCGUAGUUCAGUGUCUUUGGUCCUUGGUGGGCCACGUCCUGACUUGGCAGACACGAUUGAGACGAUAUGCAACCAGAGUUCAUGGAAAGGUAUAGUCACAAGAAUCUGGCCAAACACUAAGUAUAUUGAAACCGUUGUUACGGGCUCAAUGGGACAGUAUGUCCCCACGUUGAACUACUAUUGCAGCGACUUGCCUCUCGUUUCUACGACUUAUGGCUCUUCCGAGACUACGUUUGGGGUCAAUGUUGAUCCUCUCUGCAAACCUGAAGAUGUUUCUUACGCUUUCAUGCCUAACAUGUCUUACUUUGAGUUCAUAACGAUGGAUGGAGACAAGCGUGACGUGGUCGACCUUCAUGAAGUGAAAGUUGGGUGUACUUACGAACCUGUCGUCACAAACUUCGCCGGAUUGUAUAGGAUGAGAGUGGGAGAUGUUCUCUUGGUGACUGGUUUCUACAACAACGCACCUCAGUUUAGGUUUGUAAGAAGAGAGAACGUGGUCCUAAGCAUCGAUUCCGACAAAACCAACGAAGAAGAUUUGUUCAAGGCAGUGAGUCAAGCCAAGCUCGUUCUCGACUCAUCGGAUCUCGUUCUUGUAGACUUCACCAGCUAUGCUGACACCUCGACAUUUCCUGGUCAUUACGUGCUUUACGUGGAAGCAAAGGCCAAAGAGGGGAACAAUCAUUUGGAACUCAACGAGGAGGUGUUCUCCAAGUGUUGUUCAGUGAUGGAGGAUUCGCUUGACAAUGUUUACAAGAGAUGUAGGUUCAAAGAUGGAUCGGUUGGGCCUUUGGAGAUAAGAGUGGUGCGUCAAGGGACGUUUGAUGCUCUCAUGGACUUUUUUAUCAACCAAGGUGCUUCCAUUGGUCAAUACAAGACUCCUAGAUGCAUUAAAUCAGGAAAGGCCUUAGAGUUCAUGGAGGAUCGUGUGGCUGCCAAAUUCUUUAGUACUUGAAAUUGUUAUUUCUUUGGAUUGAUAAGUCCAAGUGACUUGAUAGCAGCCAAUAAACAUACAUGUGCAUGUGCUGUGUAGUACUUUUUUAAAAAAUAUUUUGAUUAAGGUCUUAUUUGAAAUUAAUCUGUAUAAUGUGGAACACAAUAAUGUAAACAUUGACAGUUUACAAGUC